UUCAGACGUUCUUACUCUGCCUGAACCUGCUCUGAUUUCUGUCUCUUGUUCCGAUAUCUGUCAUCGUAAUUCUGUUUUUUAAGAGGUUCAAAAGGUUUAACGCAAUCAUGUUAGUGUACCAGGAUCUUCUUACAGGCGACGAGCUUCUGUCGGACUCCUUCCCCUACAAGGAGAUGGAGAAUGGCAUGUUAUGGGAAGUAGAAGGGAAGUGGGUUGUGCAAGGAGCAAUCAGCGUAGACAUUGGUGCUAAUCCUUCUGCAGAAGGUGGCUGUGAUGACGAAGUCGACGACCAAGCUGUCAAAGUAGUCGACAUUGUUGACACCUUCAGGUUGCAGGAACAACCUGCUUUUGAUAAGAAGCAAUUUGUGACAUUCAUGAAGAGAUACAUCAAGCUGUUGACACCAAAGUUGGAUGGAGAGAAGCAGAUUUUGUUUAAGAAACACAUUGAGGGAGCAACCAAGUUCCUGCUCUCAAAGCUCAGGGACUUGCAGUUCUUUGUGGGUGAGAGCAUGCAUGAUGAUGGAAGCGUAGUGCUGGCUUAUUACAAGGAAGGAGCUACUGAUCCAACAUUCCUCUACUUUGCCUACGCCCUGAAGGAGGUCAAAUGUUGACAACUCCUCCAAGAUGAACUUUUUUUUUUUGUUUUCCCAAAUAGGUUCAGUAAUCAGUUGUAGUCUUUGUUUUCUUUAAGUUUUUCAGUCUUUUGAAUCUUUGGCAGAAUUUGAAAAGUUAGAUGCAGAAUUAGUACAUUACAGUAAGAGAGUUUGGAGAUUGUGUUAAGUGUAUUUCUUAUUUUUAUGAACUAUUAAUUCUACUGAGUUAGUUUGCGUAUUUAUG